CCAUGUAUUUGUUUUUGCCUUGGAACUUGACACUUAGGUUAAAGAGUGAAAUGAAUUUGUUUCUGGUUUAAUUCUAUUGGUAACAUGUAAUCUAGUCUGACUGAGCUUUUAGGUUGGUUGUGGUUGUGUAGCAAGGACCAUCAUCAUGAGCAGCAAUCACUGACACGGCCCUUAAACAACAUUGCGGAAGAACGUCGUACUUACUUUGACAAUGGGGAACCAAUUGGUUGGCAUUGCUCCCUCACAAAUAUUCCCCGUGGAACACUACCUUACUGACAAUCCCCACCUUCAAAGCCUUCAAUUCGAUAGAAAUCUUGGCAGCACACGAUUUUUUAAGGUGGCAAGGGCCAACUCUUCAGAAGGACUGGUUGUCGUUAAGGUGUUUGCAAUACACGAUCCUUCUCUACCCCUUGCGGCCCACAAGAAUAAAAUUGAAGAGAUUCGUGCUAAACUGAGUUCAGCGGUCAACUGUCUCCCAUUUCAGAGAGCUGUGCUGACAGAUAAGGCUGGCUUCUUGAUGCGAGAGUAUGUUAAAUAUAGCUUGUACGAUCGUAUGAGCACUCGUCCUUUCUUCACAAAUAUUGAGAAAAAAUGGAUUGCAUUUCAAGUCUUAUAUGCUCUGCACAAGUGUCAUGAAGUUGGGGUUUGUCAUGGGGAUAUCAAGCUAGAGAACAUUAUGGUUACAUCCUGGCACUGGGUCUUUUUGGUUGAUUUUGCCUCAUUCAAGCCAACUUAUCUAUCAGAACAUGAUCCAGCCGAUUUCUUAUAUUUCUUUGAUACAUCCAGAAGAGGAACCUGUUACAUUGCGCCUGAACGGUUUAUAAAAACCUUAGGAACUGAGCUCACUAGCCAACUUUUACUUGAUGGAACUGAUCCUCGAAAAGGGGAUCUCACACCUGCAAUGGAUAUGUUUUCUGCUGGAUGUGCUCUAACAGAGCUGUUUACUGAGGGCCACCCUCCUUUUAUUUUUUAUCAACUGCUAGAAUAUCGCUCUGGUACUUACAGCCCAGAUAAGUGCCUAGACCGUAUAGAAGACCCUGCUGUAAAGGAACUUUUGUGUCACAUGAUGCAAAAAGAUCCAAGUGCCAGACUUUCUGCUGAAACAUACCUUCAUCAAGAGAGAGGGCGAGUUUUCCCUGAGGUUUUUUACUCAUUCCUGCAAUCCUAUACUCUAGCCUUCUCAGCUGCACCAAUUUUAUCAGCCGAUGAAAAGAUUUCUAGGCUAAGAAAAGACAUUGAUAAUAUAAUAAGUUUUCUUAAUUCUGACGGUGAUGUAACUAAUGAGGAGAAACAAACUGAAAGUAGUCAAAAAUCUACAACUAAACCAGAAGAUGUUUCAUCUACAAGCAAAAGUGAGCCUACAGAGGAAAGACAAGAGGAAAACAGUGAAACAGAAGGAAAGGAAGUCACCGGUGCUCCAUCAGAAGCUUUGGUUAUUAUAACAAGCCUUGUCACAUCAUGUAUAAGAGGCUUGAAGUUCUGCAUGUCUAAAAUGCAGGCUUUAGACAUACUUUUGAUGCUGAGUGCUCACGCAUCAGCUGAAACCAUACUGGAUCGUAUUUUGCCAUACGUGUUGAGUAUGCUGCAUGAUACUGUACCGCGAGUGCGAGUAAGAGCCUUGCAUACAUUGAGCAAAGCCCUGCGGUAUGUGAAGACUGUACCUGUCAGUGACACAAACAUCUUUCCCGAGUAUAUACUCCCGGGUCUUGCUGUGCUGGUUAAAGACCCAGCAGUUAUAGUGAGAGCAGCUUAUGCUGAAAAUAUUGCUCAAUUGGCUGAAACAGCACUCAGAUUUUUGGAACAUAGCCAAGUGUGGCAAAAUGCUUAUGGUACUGCGGACGGUAGUGGUGAGGCUCCAACACCAAGUUAUGAAAUGGAGUUGCAGACUCUGCAUGAAAUGAUUCAGCAAACAGUAGCCACAUUGAUCACUGACCCGCAGAGCCUUGUGAAACAGACCCUUCUUGAAAAUGGAAUCACUAAACUCUGUGUGUUUUUUGGGAAACAAAAAGCUAAUGAUGUUCUUCUUUCACAUAUGAUCACUUUUUUGAAUGAUAAGGAGGACAAACAACUCAGGGGGUCUUUCUUUGAUUGUAUUGUUGGAGUUGCUGCUUAUGUAGGGUGCCAUGCAUCUCCUAUAAUAUUUCCUCUUCUGCAACAGGGUCUUUCUGAUUCAGAAGAACUUGUUUCUGUCAAGGCUGUCAGUUCUAUGCGUGCUCUUACAGAGCUAGGCUUGUUGCACAAAAGUGCACUGUAUGAACUUUUGGCUGACUGUGCUCCCUUUUUGGUUCACCCAAACCUUUGGCUGCGUCACGCAGUUGUGGGUUUCAUAUCAGCAACAGCUCGCUCUUUGUCAAUAGUUGAUGUUCAGUGUAAAGUUAUGCAGGCUCUAGAACCAUACCUGCAACAUCAAGUCAUUCAACCCGAUAAAGAGGUUUUGUUGCUGAAUGCCCUGAAACCGCCUGUGUCCCGUGAGAUUUUGGAUUGCAUCUUAAAAUCAGAAGCAGAUCUUCAUAUCUUUUUUGACACUCUUCAAGAAAGACACAAUCAAAGAAGUUUAGUUCGUGCCGGACAUGUUCCCCAGUAUACUGAAAUCCAUAGCAGUCUACAAAGUCUGUUUCGGAGAUUGAUAGACAAAGGAAUGAAUGAAGAAGUGGAGGACUAUCUCAGUGCCAUGUCAAAACACUUAGUAAAGAUGCAGAAACACAAACACCACCAUGAAGUCUUCCUUAUUCCCCAAGAAACUUCAGUUAUUGAUCUUGGGAAAGCUCAAACUUUUCAUGUGACAUUAGUUGCUCAAGAUAAUCUAAAAGGGGACUUGACAUCCGUCAGGAAAAGUAGUAGUGCAAGGGCAGGGCGGAGAGGUCCAAGUAUGCCAGAGCUUUUGCCUGCGGCAAUGAACAAGGAAUGGCAUCAUAUGUUUGGGGGAGUUGAGUCAGCUGGUACAACUGUCAAAAGUUCUGACUUUCAAACUUCAACAGGAUCCCCUCCUAGAAUGACCAUAAGUGUGGAGUCUGAAUCAAUGCUUCCUCACAGGAGCUUAGAUGCAGCUGAUUACUCCAUGCCAGAACAUUCGUUCACUCAAUAUCGCUGCCCACCAUGUCAAGUAGAACUUCAAAAAUUAAUUGAACGGAAACAAGAACAAUAUUCUUCUUGUGCUCGCACUCGUCUGGCUGCAAGAGAUUCUUGUUGGGAAACGCCUCUUCCACCUCCAGGGUGGAAUCUGGGAGGGACUCUUGUUGCUCACCUUCAUGAACACAGAGGGGCAGUCACUCGAUUGGUGACUCUCCCAGAAACAUCUUUCUUUGCAAGUGCUUCAGCAGAUGGAUGCAUCAGGUUAUGGGAUUGUGCCAAAAUGGAGGGCAGAAAUAUUGCUAAUCGCUCUCGCAUUACUGCCAACCGGCAAGCUGGCCCUCUAAUAGGUUUAGCUGUUUGUCCUGAGCAAACACUGGCAGCUGCAUCUCAAACAGGAGAUGUUUUUGUGUCAAGAGUGGAAACUAGCACCAACAAGACUUCAGUUUUGCAAUCAAGACAGUUAGACUUGCAGGAAGAUGGAUGUGCUGUAGAUAUAGCCUCCUUUCAAUCGGGUCCAGUUGUUGUCUAUGCAACUAUGUAUGGGUCUAUUGUUGGAUGGGAUUUGCGGCAGCCAGGAACUGCAUGGAAACUAGAAAAUGAUCUCAAGCAUGGUGUGAUAACAACUAUGUGUGUUGAUCCAAAUGAAUGCUGGCUUGCUCUUGGAACUAGCAGUGGUUUUCAUAUAUGUUGGGAUUUAAGAUUCCAGUUACCUAUAUCUACAUUUUCUCAUCAAACUAAUGCUCGUGUGCGUCGGCUUGUGUGUCACCCAACUGAACCAUCGUGGCUUAUAUCUGCAGUGCAAGGGCAUAAUGAAGUUUCCAUGUGGAACAUGGAAAUGCAAUGCCGUCAGUCUAUGCUUUGGGCUAGCUCCGCUCAGCCAUUUUCUUCUCAUAGUCAGGACAACAAUCAAAAGUCCCCAAAUAGUGUAUGUGCUAUGUUUGCUGGCUCAGUGAACAAAUCUCCAUUCCUCAUAACUGGAGGUUCAGACCGACGUUUACGUUUCUGGGAUUUAGAUUCUCAUGUGAAUUCCCGCAUAGUUGUACCUGCUGCUCAUGACAAUCUCAAACCUUCACACCUGGUGUAUAAAACAAGAUUACUUGAUGGUGUCAAUGUUGUUGAGGAGAAACUAACUAAACAAAGAACUACAUCUAGUGGUCCAGGUUCCAGAGGUAGCUAUGGAACUGCCGGCUCUGCCUCCACAUCUAGCAACAGUGAAGAGAAAUCCCGGGCAGGCCCUGAGCAACCCCCUGCUGGGCAUCAAGACUGGAUUAGCGAUCUUACUCUGUGCCAAGCAUCCCAGUGUUUUUUGGUGUCAGCAUCCUGUGAUGGUGUUAUCAAAGUUUGGAAAUAAUUUCUAAUAACCACUGUUUAAGCAAUUCAAAAUGGCUGUGUACAUGAACUGUAUCUUACCUUGAAUUUUGGUUUGAUGCAGGCAUAAUAUUUGUAAUUUUGAUGUGUAAGCAUUCGUGAUUUUUGUACUCUGCACUUAGUUUUAGUGUUUGUAUCUGAUUUUGUGAAUGCUGCUGAUUAGUAAUCAGCAACUACUAGUGAUUUUAAUGAAUCCUUUUAGAACAAUCAAUUCUAUUUCAUAUUGCUCUUGAAGUACCUUUUGUAUGAAAACUAUAGUGUAGUGUUCCAGAGUUUAACAGCAAGGCAAAAGCUCUUGUUUGUUACUUUUCUUUUGUUUUUACUGCUUCUAUCAAUUUGAAGCAAUUUACAAACAAGCUGAAAUUGGAAAAAAAGUUAAAAUGUACUGUAACAGCUAUCGCUAUUUUAUUUUUCAAAUACAAAGUAUAAAAUAUAUAUAUAAAUAUUUAUGUUUGUAGUCAACUUAUAUUUGUACUAAAAUAAUAUAAACAAUUCUAUCAUCUGGUAAACAAUAAAACAACAUAAUUCAUUUGA